AUGCGUCUAUACUAUUCGGUAAAGCCUAUUUGGGAGGCUAGUCUCCGAACCUACCUUAAACGGCAUGUCCGUCGCAAACACCCUCGAAAUUCUGGAGGCCCGAGUAAUACUCCCGGGGAAAUGACGUCUAAGCAAAUGCGACAGGCGAUGGAACAGCUCUUUCCUCAUCUGAAGCCAUUGAGCUUGAGCGAAGAAACCCGGACAGUUCGAGCUUCGCAAAAGAGCUCUGAGAAGUCUAUACUACCCCUGGGACAUCUAAGUGUCAUAUCAGAGUUUGAGGUGAUUUACAAUUCCUGUAGUCUCACUUUCAUUAUUUUAUGA